CGGGGUAACCGCUGAGGAGGAGGAGGAGGAAAGAAAGAAGGAAGGAAGAAACAAUUCGGGUGAGGAAGAGGAGUGUGAAGGAGAAGGAGAAGGUAACCCGGGGCAACAGGAGGAAAGGAAGUAACCUGGGCCAACGGGGAUCGCGGGAAAGAGGUAACCCAGGGCAACCGGAGGCGAGGGGUUUGUGUGAGAGAGAGGAGCCCGCACCUACGAAUUUCGGUGGUGUGGUGAAUACAAAACAUGGCUGGAAAUGAAAAAUCGCAUGAACUACAGCAUCACCGCCUGAGGAUGUUGAAAGAACAGCAGAAUGGUAAUGCCACAGAUCUCUUGACACUGAAUGAGAAGAAACUGAAGGAUCGUGAGGAGAGGGAGACUAUUGUUUUAUGGAGGCGACCUGUCAUCACCCUGCAGUACUUUCUCUUGGAAACUGUUGUAAACUUAAAAGAAUGGGCAUUAAGGUUGUGGCAGCGACGACAGUUUGUCUUCGUCAUUCUGUUAUUAUUUGUUGUGGCUACAAUUGCCUACUACGUUGAGGGUGGGCAUCAACAGUACGUGCGUUUUAUGGAAAAGAAGUUCUUAUGGUGUGCGUACUGGGUAGGCUUGGGCAUUCUGUCUUCUGUUGGACUUGGCACGGGUCUGCACACGUUUCUGCUCUAUUUAGGUCCACAUAUUGCUUCAGUGACAUUGGCUGCUUAUGAAUGUAACUCUGUGAAUUUCCCGGAACCUCCGUACCCAGAUAAAAUAAUCUGUCCAGAUGAGAGGUUGGAAGAGACUAUCUCACUGUGGGCCAUUAUUUCCAAAGUCAGGCUGGAGGCCUGCAUGUGGGGAGCUGGCACAGCAAUAGGAGAACUACCUCCCUACUUCAUGGCCCGCGCAGCUCGCCUGUCGGGCACAGAAACAGAUGAGGAGCUUGAGGAAAUACUGGAACGUGAUCAAAAUGCAGAGGAUCUUCCGAACCGAGCAAAGCUGGCUGUUCAGCACCUGGUGCAAAAAGUUGGAUUCUUUGGAAUCUUGGCCUGUGCCUCGAUUCCCAAUCCCCUCUUUGACCUGGCUGGAAUAACAUGCGGACACUUCCUUGUGCCAUUCUGGACCUUCUUUGGUGCAACUCUCAUUGGAAAAGCUAUUGUGAAAAUGCACAUCCAGAAACUAUUUGUUAUUAUAAUGUUCAGCAAGCACAUAGUGGAACAGAUGGUGUCCUUGAUAGGGGCAAUUCCAAGCUUAGGCCCUUCACUUCAGAAACCCUUCAGAGAAUACUUGGAGGCCCAGAAAGCCAAGCUUCACCAUAAGUCUGGCGAUGCAGUAGAAGCGAAUGAAAAUUGGCUGUCCUGGAUCUUUGAGAAAGUAGUCAUCGUUAUGGUGUGCUAUUUCAUUCUUUCCAUCGUUAACUCCAUGGCUCAGAGCUACGCUAAACGGAUCCAGUCACAGAAAUACACUGAAGAGAAAAUGAAAUGAAAAAGUAACCUUUUUAAUUUUAAAAAAAAAUUGCACAAGGCCCAGGUUAGAUAAUGAUUCAUGAAAACCAUCUGUUGCUUCUUUGUUCCACAAGCUGGAACUAAUUUAAUGAAGCAAAGUAGGUUAGGGAGGGACUAUUAUAAAUCUCUACAUUUACAGGUUGUGGAAAAAAAACUUUCUUGAUUAGCACAGAUACUACAACUUGAAUUCCACUUUCAUGGUUUCUUAUCUAUUUGUUAUCUCCGAUUUAAAAAAAACAUUGAAAGUAUCUUAGUUUCAAUUGACGUCAUGUUAGUGAAUAAAGGAAAUUGCAGGAUGGAUGUAAAUAUUAAAUAUGGAACCCCAUUGAAAUGACAUUAAUUUGCUCCAAAUUAACUUGGGCACAGUGUAGAAUAUGCCCUCAAUAUGAUUUGUGAAAGUAAAAUUGCAUUAGCUGCUUGAACUCUCAGUUUGAGGAACACAUUUGUUCAAAGCCUAUUUUUGAAUGGAAUCCUCUGCUAAGCAAAGCAAACCAUAUUGUCAGUUCAUAAAUACAAUGGUGGCAAUGUUUUAAUGACCUUUAAUAAGGACAACUUGAAAAUAACAGUUAAAUUCUCUUCAGAGAUUACUAAAUUUGAAUAGCUAAAUUGUGACAUUUUAAUCAUAUUUUUCUUCCUUUAUUGAAUCUUUAUCUCCAUUGCCCCACUUUCUACUGCACCUCAUUAAAUAAAUAGUCUUUGCUAUGGAUAUUUCAUCGUGCAGAUUCUUCAGCAACUGUACAAACUAUGAUUUGUUACCACAAGUUUCAUACAUUGAGGGUCCCAUCAGUAUUCCAAUAUACAAUGACUAAGUGAGGUGCUAAAGAUAGGACAUCAUUUACAGGCUUAUCAAACUGGCUGAGAAGAGAAAGCAUUAGUGUUGAUGGCAAUCAUUUUGUUCCCUUCACACUUGCUGAUGGAGAAUCGAUGUGGACAGAGAGAGAGAAACAGUAUGUGUAGACUAUGUCAAAGAGGUAAAUAGAUUUUUGAUUUCUAGUAUUUAUUAUCUCAACCUCUGUAUUAUCUUAUCUAUAUCUUAAUGAGGUCGUAUGUUGUCUUGUGCCCUAUAUAGCACAAAACAUUUAAACUGAUAUUGCUCAUCUCUGCUCAUACUUUCCAAUGAUGGUGAAAGAAAAACUAUUAGAAGCUAUCCAUCUUUAACUGUACAUACAAAAAGCAACAUCAGUUUUUGCUCUGUAAAUUUUAACAUGAUAAAUUUAAUCUGACUUUAUAAAACUACAUUUGAUCAUCUUUCAGACUGAACUUUAGUCUGUGUCUUUGUCAAUUUUUGUGGGGAAUGUCAUAAUUGUUUAUAUAAAUCCAAAACUACAUGUGCCCAUUAUGUAUAAACUCAAAUGACUCUGAUCCUGCAUAGUAAUUUGUAUACUACCAUUCGUAAACUAAUAUGUUUUGUUGUUUACAUAGGUACAAUUAUCAAAAAUGAAGUAAGGAAACAAAUUUGUUUUUGUUUUAGGCUGGAGAGUAUUUCUUAAAUUAUUCACAUGCAAGGCAUAUUGCAUGAAAGAGACAAUUCAGAAGCUUCCUUGAGGAGCUGUUUGAACUAAAACUCAGAUUCUAUGUUAAUUAGUGCAUUUUCUAUUGAGAAUAAAAUUGGAACUAAUAUAUUAUCUCUCUCUAGGAUUUUCAUGAAAGUUUGUGAAUUUAAAUAUUAUGGUUUUGUAUGGUUCAGUGCACUGAGUGAUCCCAAAUUGGAAUUUCAGUUGCAACUGUUCUCCAUGUUCUCACUCAAUAACAUGUUAGAACUGAUAUCUGCCACAGCAGUGGGCUUAUAAUGUUAAAUCAAAAAAGUAAUACAUCUAAAACAAUUUCUAUUUCUAGUAACACAACAACAUUUUGCAAGUAGUUCGCCAACAGAGGCAUUUUGGCAUGUUCUAUAAACAUGCUAUCUUAUUAUUACAUACAUUGGUGUUUGGAGAAUUGAUCUAUUAAGGGAAAUAAUGAGGGACACUUUGUAAAAUUACUCGUGACUCACCAAACCUCAUUGAGGAAAAUUGCAUGAGGAAAUGUAAAUGACCCUUGUAUUAUUAUUUCCUAUAACAUAAGCAAGAGCAUUAUUUUAUAAUAUGUUCGAGUGUUUGAUAUAAAGUGGAUGUGGAGGUUGUAUUGUGUGAAAUUUAAAAACUUCAAACUAGGAAUUCAAUCCUAAUUCUAUUGCCUAAUAUUUGUUUCAUCUCUUUCAUAUUUAAAAAAGCAUUGAAUGUGUGUGUGUGUGUGUGCGCGCGCGCGCGUGCCUUCUUGACCAUAUUAAUCCUCUCUUAGGAGAUGAGGCUGGAUUAAUGGUCACCAUUGCUUUGAGAUCAGCCAACAAUGUGUUGCACCCAGUGGAACCCACCAAUACUAUGCAAUGCUACAGUCUGAUCAACAACCAAGUAAACCUGUCCAUGAGGACUUGACAGUUUGAAUUUCUGCUAAAUCUGGGAUUCAAAUCUAAUAAUCUGGCAUAGCAAACUGGCGCUCUUUUAAUGUGCAUUUGUUCAACUCAAAAUAUAUUAGAUAUGGAACAAAAUUUCAUUAUUCCAGUCACUUAGACUUUUAUAUUCCAAACUGAAAAUCAAUAUUUAAUGCUCAGAAGAUAUUCAUACUAACUUAAAAUGAAUAAAGUUCUGUAUACCGUUUUGUUUUAUUUCCACUCUUUUUGGUAUCAGUUAUAGGUUUUGUCACAUUCAGCUUCAUCAUUUACCAUUCUGUGAGAUAGCUUAUCAGACUGGUGUUGGCUGUUAGCUUGGUUGGCGACAACAGUUGGUAGGCUAUCUGACGAUGUGGUGUCUUCCAUCUGAUCAACAUUGUGUUUUGCUUUGCUCUGUCAUUGCAUCUUCAUUGUAGCUGUCAUUGUUCUGUUGUUUGUGAAUAGUCCACUGAGUGUGGCAUCCUCCUUACCACUGGCAGGACGAAGGUACCAAUUAGGCUGUGUUAUUGUGAUCUUCUUCCAAUCGCUAUCAAAUUACUCCAUUUGUUUUCAUUCUUGCAUUCAAUAUUCACCAAUUAUUAUUGUGCACUAGUUCUUGAAUUGUUUCCUCAAAAGUACAAUAGCCUCUUCUUGUAUUGGGCUUCCCUGGGGUUCAAUAUUUUUACUAAAACUACACCAGUAAUAGAUUCUACUCCAUGAUGUUCUUUUUGAUUCCUAUUACCUGAAUUAGCCAUGUUAUGCUGUGAGGAAUAUGUAAUAAAGCCGAUAGCCGAGCUGAUACCAGGAAGAGUCUGUUAUCUUUUGUACACCUGUUUUUCAUUCUUCAUGGAAAUCAUUUUUAAUCUAAACUUGGAUUUUUAAUGUUAGAAGAAAGAAUCAAGAAAAACAUUGGUAUACACGAUCUUUCCAUUUUUGUUACUUGUAUUGUCAUUUGGCUUUUUUACACUUGACUUUGUCUCCAAACCAGUUAUAGGAAAUGUCUGUACGAUUCAUUUCACAGGGGGAGAAAGACAUGUUCCUGCUUUAUAUUUAUUUCCUUUUCCUGUGUGUGAUAGGAACAAAAAUUCAUCUCCAGUUGCCUGUUCAGCCAUUCAAUUACUUUGUACCCUGGUUUUAAAUUUAAGAUUACGUCCCAUAGUUCUGGAUCUUCCACCAGAUGAAGUAGGAAGGAUUUUCUUAUGAGGUUGACUUGGUUGGAUCAGCACUCAUUGACGAAGAAUAAGAGGUGACAUUAUGAAAUGCAUAAGAUUUGAGGGGUACUUGACAAGGCAGAUGCAGAGAUGUCGUUUCUGCUUGUGGGACAGUCUAUAACUAGAGGGCAUAAUCUGAGUAAGGCUUGUCCAUUUAAGACAGAUGAAGAGGAAUUUCUUAAAAGUGCAGUCAUGGUUGGAUCAUUAAGAAAAUUCAGGAUAGAGAUAGAUUGAUUUUUAAUCAGUAAGGAAAUCGAGGGGUAUGGGGAAACAGCGGGAAAGUGGAGUUGAGGAUUAUCAGAUCAGCCAUGAUCUUGUCAAAUGGAGGAGCAGACUUAAUGGCUGAAUGGUUUACUUCUGCUCCUACAGCUUAUGAUCUUAUAAAUAGCUCUGCUCAUCUACUUUAUUUAAUAAUUCCAAACACUUAAAUUACUCCUCAACCUUUACACUGUAGCAUUUCCUACCCAGAAUUAUGGGUUGAUGUUUCUUGUUGUUAACGAUUAUUCAGCUUUUAACCUACUUUGAUUUUGUAGAUGGUCUUGUGUUGUAUGUGGCCUGUACUUUAAUCACCCUUGUUCAUUGUAGCAUGGAGCAGGCUUGAAUAUUUAAAGCACAUCUUCUGCACCAUGAAUGAAAGCAUUGGCAGUCACGAAGAUGUUCAGCGUCAUGGUGCUUUAUGUGAGGGACAAACUCAGAAAACAGUAAUUAAAAUCUAUGGUCGCAAUGAAAUACUUUAAUUAAAAUGCACAUCAAGCCCUUCAAUCUCCUCCAUAUCUCCUAUUCAUUGUUUUUGUUCUUAGCUGUACUAAUAUCAAUCCCUUUGCCAAUAUUUUAGUUACUUAUUUCCUGAUUGAGAAUAAAGCUUACCUCCAAAAAAUAAAGCACCAUGUGUAUAUGAUAUAUAGUUUAAAAUGCACAGCAUUCUCAGAAGAAUACAUGCAAUGUGGUUUGUAAAGUAAAAUUAUUUUCUAUAAUAUUUGCAUAAAUAGAAAGUUUGAGACAUAAGUAGCUCAUAAGAACUUGUUUAGUGCCUUUCAACAGCUUAAAAUAUUCCAGGAUGCUUCUCUAUAAUCUCAAACAAUAUAACACUGAACCAUAUAAGGAGAUAUAUUGAGGUGACCAAGAUCUCAAAGAUGAAAAUUUAAAUAAACGUCUUAAAGGAGAAAAGUGAUAGAGAGAUAGAGGUGUGUAAGAAUGAUAUUCCAGACCUUUGGGCUUAAACAACUGAAGUCACAGCCACUAAGAGAAGUGAUUAACAUUGGGAUAUGCAGAGGGGCAAAUCAAUAUUUAUUCCUCCAAGUUAUAAUUUUUAGUCUGGAUUUUCCAAUACAACCUGUCCAUAAUGUUCCCUCGUGGAAUGCUUGAACUAAGAAUGUUUUUAAUUAUUUGAAUAUUUUCUGCUCAACGUUUUUGUAUAUUUCUGUGACUGUCUGAAUCAUUUCUAAUUGAGACCAUUGCUGCUUCCAUGUGCUAGUCUAGACUGUGAACAAGAUAGGUUUAGUGUUUUGAAUAAACCUGAAUAUCUCAGCAUUUUUACCUGA